AGGCGGACACUGAAUACCAGUUCAGUAUAUCAUCGCGUAAUAAACUCGGAGAAAGUCUAAUGAGUAGAGAGUUUUUAACAGUAAAAACUUUGGCAAAUGUUUCGAAACGAAAGUCAGAAACAGUGUUGGCUUCGGCUGAUGAACAAAGACUGGGAUAUAAUAAUCAAUUGAUAAGCGAAGAUAUUAUUGAGCUCUCGGUCAUUGUCUCGGCGCUACGAAGAGCAGAACAAGUGAUUCAAAAGAAGCCUAACUCUAAAGAUAUGUCUUCAGCUAAUAAUGCAUUAGAAGACCAACUCUUUACUAUCACUGCGUCCACAACACUGGAUAGUAGUUGUGAUUUCGAUACAACUUUCUUACACAAUGCCAACAAUGAUAAGUGCCUUUAUGGUGAAAAUAGAGAUUCUUUUGAUGACUUUGGUAUCAAUAAAAUGUCGCACAAUUUUCUCUAUAAAUCACAGCCCGAUAUUCUCAUUAUAAAUCAGUUAACA